GAACCACCAGCUCACAGUUUUGACAUCUGUUCAGAAUCAGAACUUUAUCCCAAAAAGAAUCCAAUAUGUGAUGAAGAAGGAUUAGUGGUACCAUUCCCCCCUCUACAUGGUGAAUCUGUGGAGUAUUUAGGUCGUGUUACAGAGGGUGUGAUAGCUCUGUCUAAUUAUAGAAUACUAAUUAAAGCUAAGAAGUGGUUUGUUAAUAUACCAAUUGGUUUGAUAGACUCAGUUGAUAUGAGAGAGAUAUUCUAUGUGAUAAUAUCCUGUAAAGAUGCUACUACUAUCAAGUGUUCAUUUCUGACUAAUGAAUUGUGUCAGAUAUGGUAUAAAAGACUAGCAGAGAAAACGAGUACCCUGAGAGAUUUAGACCAAGUAUUUGCUCUGUCCUAUCAUGCUUGGUUAACAGAUGAUAAUGCUUCAAGUUCCCAAUCUUCUACAUCACAAACUGGUGAUGAUAUUAAUAUAGAUAUGUUUGGAAAAGAAAUAGAGAGAAUGAAAUUUGAUACAUCGGUUAGUAAAGUUUGGAGAAUGUCUCAUAUUAAUGAGAACUUUGGUGUGAGUCCAUCAUAUCCGAAGAUUCAUAUUGUACCUACAUCAAUAUCUGAUGAGAAAUUAAUAAGUGUAGCUAGUUUUAGAUCAAUGAGACGUUUCCCAUCUGUUGUGUGGAGGUAUGUAAGAAAUGGGGCUGUUAUUGUUAGAUGUAGUCAACCUGAAUUAGGGUGGCUAGGUUGGAGAAAUUCAGAUGAUGAAAUGUUAUUAGCAGCUAUACCACAAGCUUGUGCUUUAAAUCCUGGUACAGAUAACAAACCAGAAUCUGGACAGAAUUCUCCUGAAUUUAAUGGAGAAGAAAGUGUAUCGUUAUCACCCAAAAAGAUGUUAUUAAUAGAUUGUAGAUCUUAUGGUGCAGCGUUUGCUAAUAGAGCUAAAGGAGGAGGCUGUGAAAGUGCUGAUUACUAUCCUUGUUGUGAAAUACAGUUUAUGAAUCUGGCUAAUAUACAUUCUAUCAGAAAGAGUUUUAUAGCUUUGAGAACCUUAACCAGCUCUUUUACAGAGCAAGUCAAUUGGCUAUCAAGUCUAGAGAAUACUAAAUGGUUACAUUAUAUAGGAGCUAUAUUACGUGCUGCUAAUUUAGUAGUUAAUGCUGUAGAUAAAGAAGGUAGACCAGUAUUAGUUCACUGUUCUGAUGGCUGGGAUCGUACACCACAGAUAGUAGCUCUAGCACAACUUUUACUAGAUCCUUAUUACAGAAAAAUAGAGGGAUUUCAAGCUUUGGUAGAAAGAGAAUGGAUUGAAUUUGGACAUAAAUUUGCUGAUCGUUGUGGUCAUGCUUUAGAUAGUGAAGAUGCUAAUGAAAGAUCUCCAGUCUUUUUACAAUGGUUAGAUUGUGUAUUCCAAGUUUAUCGACAAUUUCCUUGUGCUUUUGAAUUUAAUGAGGCUUAUUUGAUAAAAUUAGUCCAUCAUUCAUAUUCGAGGUUAUUUGGAACGUUUAUGUUUAAUACAUCUAGAGAGAGGUGUAAUGAAAACUUAUUAAAAAGAACAACAUCAAUAUGGAGUUUAUUACAUCCUAGUAAUACUAAAUUUCAUAAUUUACUUUAUAAUGAGGUGGCUGAACAACAGGUACUCUAUCCUGAAUUCUCAGUAAAUAAGGUAGUAUUAUGGAACUCAGUAUAUCUGUCUAAUAGUUCUUUAUCAACCAAUACUACAGAAGAUUUCCCUGCUGCCCUAGAAACAGGGGAAAUAACUCCAGAUAUAGAGAUGAAUGGUUUGCAAAAAACACGGUCAUGUGAAAACUUAGCUAUGUUACAAGAGCACACUCCUGUAAUAUCUAGGAGAUUAAGUGAUCCAAAUAUC